AUGACUUCGACAUCGCGGGAUCGCAAGGUGCUUGACAUGGUGUUCGACCCUGAGGGCUCUCUCGGACCCGGCGAGCUCAGCUUCGGCCCGGAUCAGGAACCGAGUGCGCAGGACAAGGAGGCGAUUCAGCUCGAGAUCCGCGCCAUCCAGGCUGCCGAGGGCGGCGAUACCGACCAGGCGCUCCAGCUUCUCGAUCAGGCUGUCUCCACCAGUCCGAGCUGGGCAUCCACCUACAACAACCGAGCGCAGCUGGGCAGGAUGACCAAAAAGCCCGCUCCGGAGAUCAUCCGCGACCUCAACAAGGCCAUCAAGCUGGCCACGCCGUCGUCCGAGGUGCCCCUCACGCGGCGCAAUGCAAAGACGCUCGCGCAAGCCUACACCCAGCGCUCGGCCGUUCUCUUCACCCUGCUCGACCCCUCGCUCCCCGCGGAACAGCUCGAGGCCCAAGUCGACCAGCUGCGCCAGCUCGGAGGGCUCUUCGAAGGGACCAAGCUCGCACAGCAAGCAUCGUCGGAGCAGCAGCCGCCGGAGGGAGAGUUCGGGAGCUUCUCUGUCGAAACGGCCAAGCUCACCAUCGAGGAGCUCGCCUCCCGCGACCUAUCACUUGGGGCCCGGUACGGCAAUUCGGUGGCCAAGCAGGUCGCCGUGCAGACCAACCCGUACGCCAAGCUGUGCGGCAAGAUCGUCCGGGAAGCCCUCGUCUCCGAGUACUCGAACCGAUCCUGA